AUGGGGGCUUCAUUUACAUCGUUUUUCGCCCCCGAGGAGCCUCCAUCGCUCUACCCCGGCGAUGUGAUCUCUCCCCCGAGCGCUGCGCCGGACGGUGUGGAGGAUGCUGCGGUUGCGUCCGUAGCGCCCCCCACCCCCGAGGCACAAGUUCCGUACCAACCUCUGUCGGAGGUUGUGGAACAUUCGCCCUGCCCGUCGCUCUCAUCCCUCGUCUCCGACUGCGAGAGCUCCGAGAGUUCUCCCGGUCCGGCCACACCUCCCUCCCACGGGGAUCCACAGCACAACGGCAAGCACUUCCAGUGUGAGAUUUGCCUAGAAUGGUUCUCGACGAAGUUCAAUCUCGGCCAGCACAAGAAUUCUGGCAAGCAUGCCGAUAUCCGGCCCUUCCCCUGCCCCCUGCCAGACUGCGGUCGCGCGUUUGGAAAGAAGCACGACCUCACUCGGCACAUCGUCUCACACCGAGGGAUAUCCCUUCGCAGUGAGCAGAAGAGGGAGAAGGCACACGAGGCCGCAAAGAAGGAACAAGUCAAGCGGAAAGUCAAGAACAGCCGCCAGUGA